AUGUCAAAAUUUGGGGUUCUUCGCAAUCCUGACCUUGAAGUCGAAACUAAUUCCAGAGCAAAAGAAAUCUACGACUGUUUAUCUGUUACUUUAUUCAACAAUUUUUUUGGUUUCACUGACCAACCUGAUCUCACUUUGUUAAAGGCCCAUGAUGACCUCGUUUUACAAUAUUUUUAUUACAAGUACGAUGAAAACUAUCUAGUCUCCUGCCUUGAGAUCUUGGAAAACUCUUAUUUAUACCCUGAUCAUAAAAUCAAAACUUACCUAUCUUUUGAACUUUAUAACUAUGUUGUAGAUUACUGGAAUCCUAAAUCUAAAAAAUAUUUCAGAACUAAUAUCAACGAUAUAGAGUACAUUAAAAGCGAUAUCACAACCAAGAUUUUCAAAAAUGUUGUCAAUUCAAAUAAUUUCAAUGACUACGAUAACUCCCAUGUUACUCGUAAUAGCAAUAGCCAAAAUAUUACAAACAAUCCAUUCAAUUUUCAAAACCAAAACAAAAUCCCCAAUUUCACUCCUUAUCUCGACUCAUCCCAAAAAGAGCUUAUCAUUCAAAGAAUAUCAAAUAUCGUUUCAUACUAUUGUUUCUGUUUGGAUCAUGGUGAAAAAACCUUUGAAUCAAACGAUAUUAACUUAAUUCAUAAUAACUUAUACUUAGCCUUCAUCUAUAUGAUUUUAAACUCAAAAAAUAUCGACUUUCAAAACCUCUAUAAUAACUAUAUCAGCUUGAACAAUAAUUCCUUCAAUAUUCAUAAUAUUGGCUAUGGUUAUCUAUUUCUCACUAAAGAAACUUUAUCCUCCAUUAAAUCUUUAUCCUCCUCAAAUUCAAGUUAUAUUAACACUCUAAACACAAAAGAAAAUAAAAGAAAUUUCAGUAUAAUCUAUCUUGUGCUAGUCACUUUUUCUAACAUCAUGUUUGGUUUAAAUCAAAUUAUAAUCAAUGAGGUUAAUAAUAAUAAUAAUAAUAACAGCGCUAGCACCAGCAACAGUAGUAGUAGUAAUAAUAAUAACAACAAUAAUAACAAUCCUUUUUUUGAUACUAAUGAUUCCAAUGAAGUUAAUUAUUACUAUUACAAUCACGAUAACGCAGAACAUAUCCAUAGUAAUACCAAUGAUGAGAACACCAGCAACAAUGAUACAAACAAUAAUUAUAAUCAUAAUCAUAAUCAUAAUCAUAAUAAUAACAAUAAUAAUAAUAAUAAUAAUAAUAAUAACAGCAACAUAUCUUUUCCAACUUUAUUAACAAUAAUUUUUGAAAAAACUAAAAUUAUUCAAACAAUUCAAAUUCUUUAUCCCAAAUUUUAUGAGCUAGCAAUCUUAAUACUAAAUUCAACAAAUGAUGUUCAUCUAAUCUCCUCAAAUCAUUUGAUUAAUCAAGAAUUAUAUUAUUUUAUCAAAAUCAUCUUAUCAACAAUUAAUCCAAUAUACUUUCUAACUUUUCAAAUGGAUUCAAUUCUUAGUCCUUGGUUAGAUUUAAAUAUUGAAUUUUUGAAAAAACUUAUUGAGUUGCAAAAUACAAAUAAUGAAUUAUGGGUCAAAUCAACUCAUAUGAUUUUAAAUAAUAUUUCUCUUUUAUUGAAUUGUAUUUCAAUUAACUUGCCGACAAUUAAAUUGAAAAAUCCCUUCUUUUAUCAGACUUUUGUCAAUGAGUAUUUAGAAGAAAUAUUAGAUACCUAUUUAAUAUUAUUCAAAUCAUUAAAAAUUAACCCCAAAAAACUUUCAAAGAUUAAAUUCAUGAUCAAUUUCACAAUUUUAAAAAGUCUCUUUAUUAUAGUAAAAUCCGAAAAAAAUUUAAAACUUUUAAAGAAAGCUGAUCAAAGUUUUUAUGAAUUGUUAAAUUUUUGUUAUAAAGUCUGUAUUCCAACAAACUCUCUUUUUCAAAAAUUAAAAUCAAAUCCUUUGGAGUACUUUGAAAGAUUAAAUGUCAAAUAUUCAGUUUUAUAUACAAAUUUUGUGCCAUUUACCGAAAUCGAUUCUGCUUCUCUUGAAAAAUCAGUCAAAUUUAUCAAAUACAAAUUCCAAAAGCUAAAUAAAUUCCAAAAGGAAAAUUAUUGCAACAUGGAAACCAUCGAAAUUGCAAAAAGAAAAGAAAGUUUAUUGGUAGUUUUGGACUUGAUUUUAAACAAUUUUGUUAGCAAAAAUGAGGAUUUCUUUGAAAAAUAUAAGAUUUUUGAUGAAAAUUUUAUAAGCAACAUAAUAUUGGGAUGUUUUAAUUCAAAUUUUGAAUUUUUAAGACUAAGGGCAUUUGAAAUCUUUAAACAAUUUUCAAGCUUUAAAUUUGAACCAAAUUCCAAAGCAUUUGAAAAACUCAUCAAUGUUAUUUUUAACAAUAUAUAUUAUAUUAAGGAUGAAAAGUACUUUUCAUUUAAUAGCUCAUUAUUGGUAAGACUUGAGAUACUAUCGACACUUGACUAUCUUAUCAACAGUAAUAAAGAAUUUAAAAAAUAUUUUUUUUCACAUCUUCAUUUGAUAUUUUAUUUGCUUCUUGAAGAUUAUGUUGGAACAGAGGAUGAAAAAUGUGAAGAAAAUGCAAAGGUUUUAACGGAUGAUAAACUAAACAAAAUUAUUGUCUCUAAAAGCUAUCAAUUUGAGACUUUUGAGUACAAUUUUAUGCUUCUAAUCGAAGCUAUAUUUGACAAAUAUGAAAGCGAGUUGAAUGUUCAGUCCAAUCAUCUUGAAUUUAUUGAUAAAUUAAACUUGCUUUUCAUUAAAUGCAUGACUGGUGAAGAUCUACCCAACUAUUCAAAGUACUAUCAAAAAAUUGAUGAAGACGAUAUAAUUGAGCAUCUUAGGACCUUUAAAAUCAACAAAAAGAGACUUAAAAAUUCCUUCACAUUAAAACGCAAGGCCAAUUUCAUUUUCAAUAUAAUAUACAAAUUAAUCAACAAUGUGGUCCUUCAAAAGUAUCUGCCAGAAUUAUCCACCAACGAUGAUACCACUCACUAUGGAAAUCACUAUCAAAACAGUAAUUAUGUGUACAGCAACUUCAACGACCACAACCCCAUUAGAGCUGCUGAUACAGAGAGUGUAGCAAAAGUCGAUGAAGACGAUCAAGAACUAAUCAAUGAGCAGUUGAGAAAAUGUGGACCAAUGAUGAAGAUAAUUAUCUUUAAUAAGUUGUUGGGUGAUUUUCCCCAGGCUUUGAAACUAUUAUUCAGACUCUCAAGGUUGUUGCAAAUCAGACCCAAUUCGACCAAUGAUGACAAUUUCAUCAAUCUUUUUUAA